UCAAUACAUUCAACCUACGUUAGGUAGCUGUACAUACUAUAUAAUUCUCAUUGGCGUGCGCAAUAAUUGCCAUUCUUUCUUUUGCGCACCGCAAUUUUCCUACGUAGGAACCAAGAAAGAAGGGCCAUUCGAUAUUACAAUAUUACAACAUUACGAAAGGCUACGGCCAGUCCACCUGAAGUCAUCGACUAUGGCCGCCCUCCAGCAGCUGCGAAUAGCCUCAUUCUUCCCCUCCCUCUUCCCGAGGAUAGCAUCGACAAGCUUCCAGUCCUCUUUCCGAUCAACUGUUCUACAUACACAAUAUGCGCAGGAGUCGAGACUGCCAUCAGUGACCGAGCUCGCUAUCGCCAUCCCCGCUGCUAUCUCAAAUAUACCGUCUCUGCUGGGUGAUAUAUGGGAAGGUAUACUUCGGGCAGUGCCUAAGAAAAAGACAUCGCACAUGAAGAAGAGACAUCGACAGAUGGCAGGAAAGGCUCUGAAAGAUGUUACAUCAUUGAACAAGUGCCCAGCCUGCGGGGGAGUAAAAAAGAUGCAUACUUUAUGCUCCGAUUGCAUGGGCCGUCUCGGCGGUAUGCUUGAGCGGGAUUUCAAGCAAAAAGCAUAAUACAGAUCAGGCAUGAUUUCUAUGAAUUCUAGUUUCAUGCAUAUCACUGGCGUUCUGGUAUAAGGGUAAGGGAUUCAUUCUACAAUAAAUACCUAUUGACGGUGAAAGACAUGUGCAAUGAAACCACGAUUCUACAAAGUUGCAUCUUACCUGUCUAUUAAGUGUAUGUCUAUAGCUAGUAGCGCUGCCAGGCUCAAGUUCACUUGCUAUAUGUAAUUACGAAGCCAAUUGUGAAGUGAAGUUGCUGUAAAUUUAGGUCUAACUAUACAAUCGUGCAUCGGGAUAGAAUAGGUACAUUAGGUACAUUAGGUACACAUCUACCAGGUGGUACAUGUCUUAAAUACAUGUACCUAUAUGUAGCCCAUACACAACGCUUGCUCUGUAGUAGACCUAAUG